UCUGAGACCAAACACACACACUCGCUCGCACACAGACACACACUCUGAUCUCUAUUUCACACACUCAUAGUUUUAUUAUACACUUUUGAUUUGGAUUUUGCAUGUACAUUGUGAAUUGGUUUUAUUGUUUGCAUGUUUUCAUACAAUUAGUACAAUACACACAUUUGCCAAUAUGUGCCUUGUUCCAGUUGUCGUGCUGUUGGCGUUUCUGGGUUUCAGUUCCUGCACCCAGUUUCAGGCCAACCUAAACAUGGGGGGAGUCACGGGAUGGGUGCGGUUUGACUCCACUAACCAGGCGGCGACCGUAAACGUCACCGGUACCAGAACCUGUGAUUCGUCGCUCAACUUCUCCCUGAGUGUGUUCCCUGUGAUGUUCGGCCAUUUUGCUCAGCCUUGCCUUGAAGCCAACGUAGGAGCGAGCAUCUUCACGUUCACCAUUGAUCAAUUCUCAUCCAACACCACUGUUAAUAUGUCCAGUCUAUUUAAGCAGAGGUCAAAUCUGGAAGACCUUUCGUUGACCUUGGAGACAUGCAACGGCACCAAAGCUUGUACAGUCAUAAGCGGUCAAACCACAGUUCAGACGUGGCAGGCCAGGUUCUUCAGCUUGGUCGCCGGCGACAUUUACAUCAGGCAGAACGUCGGACAGACCCACACCAGGGUCCUCACAAACUUGGCAACGAUUGGUCAGGUCGGUGCUACGGCAACCAACAUCACCAUCUUGACGUCGCAGAGUUCUGCUAGAGAUUGUAAGGCUCUUCUGGAUAGUCUGGAACCUUCAUCUCUCACCCAGCUUGGGGAACUGAAAGUAGGCAGCCCUCUUACACCCGUCAAGUCUCGUUUGGACCUCGCUAACUUCAGCUCCAACACCCGCUUCGCUCUCCUCAAACUGGGGUCUUCGAGUUAUAUGUGCGCUGAGAUCAGAACAAUGGACAGGAAGGAGGUGAGAGCCCUGGUGAACAUGAGAGGGGUCAAGGGUUACUUCUUCUUCAGGCAGGACUCGCCGUUCGAAGUCACAAAACUGAGAGUGAAUCUGACCAAUCUGGGGAGCCGGGUCGGACCCUAUCACAUCCACCACUUCCCCACACCUCCUAUGAGGUCACCGCCGCAGACCACCUGCUCCAACGACAACGUUGGAGGCCAUUGGAACCCGUUUGGGAUGGACACUAAAGAUCCCACCUACCCCUCUGGACCUGGGUCAACCCAUGACCGGUAUGAAGUAGGGGACCUCAGCGCCAGGCAUGGGUCACUAGAGGGUAAAGCUGUGAUGGACGCAGUUUUCACAGACUUCAACCUCCCUCUGUUCGGACAGAACAGCAUAGUGGGUCGGUCUGUGGUAAUCCACCGUCCAGAUGGAACUAGGUUCCUGUGCGCCUACAUAGGCUACCCAGGAGAGGUGCAUGUAGCCAGGGCUACAUUCCGUCACCCUGUGGUGGGUAUGGUCCAGUUCGUCCAACUCAAGAGCAACCCAUUGUCUGAUGUCACAGUCUUCAUGGAUCUGUCCUAUGGGAGACCCUCCGAGACCGCUACGCGUAACCACCACUGGCACAUCCACAUGUAUCCUAUCAGCUCGGAGACAGACGCGGACAAGGGGAGGUGUGGGACGACGGGGGACCACUGGAACCCCUUCAACGCGGACACAAAGGAUUUGAGCUACGCCCUGCACUGCGGCCCCUCCAGACCCUUUUCCUGUGAGGUGGGGGACCUCUCCAAAAAGCACAGCACCCUCGACCUGGGGACCCGAGUGGGUGGGGCGUCAGCCAAACACUUCUUCACGGAUACCACUUCCUGGUUGUCACUUCCCGCCAGGUCGGGCUCCAUGAUUGGUCGAUCGGUGGUGAUCCACAGUGCGGAGGGCGCCGCCCCCAGGAUAGCCUGUGCUAACCUCACUGAGGUCCGGAUGCCCGCGGCGGUCUUGGGCCCCUGGCAUGGACCAGGGGUCUCCAGGGGCCAAAUCCGGUUCUCCCAGGCUUUCCCUCAGGGCCCAACCAUGAUGGACGUCUCCCUGGCUGGACUCAGCUCCAGGGCUGGGGGCUACCACGUCCACAUGCUGCCUAUCAGUACCACAGGAGAGCCCUGCUCGGACAACAACGUCAUGGACCACUUCAACCCCUUCUCCUGGAAUGUGUCUGCUUCUCCUGCUGCGGGGUCAGGGACUGUGGAUGAAUAUGAGGCUGGGGACAUCAGCGGGAAGUUCGGGAUGCUGACGGAUCAGAACCAGACACAGACUCGGUAUUUGGACGGGAAUAUGCCGAUGACAGGGCCGAACAGUAUAGUGGGGAGGUCAUUGGUGGUUCACUACACUAACGGAUCCAGGUGA